AUGAGGAUGCUAUUGUGGGGGAUCUUGUCAUUCUGCUUGCUGGCCUAUGCCCAUGGUGACUGCCGGAAGGACUGCCUGAACUGCCACAGACAUCUGUAUAGCCACCAAGAUGACUUCAGUCUUCUGAUCUGUGUAAUGGAGUGUGAAGGGAAACUGUUUUCCAGUGCUACCUGGGGACUUUGCAAUAAAGCCAUCAGUGGAAAAAGUUCUUUGUCCCUAGACCAUAGUAGCCUGGAAGAAAUGAAAUGGCCACUGGAGAUGUGGGAUGGCAACCUGAAAGGAGGCAGAAGUAACCUGAAACAUCACGGUGAUCUGACCAGAAUGGUGGAUCUCAGCGAUGGAGAAGAUAAGCAAGUGUCCAAAUUGAGUGGUCUCAUCCGUCAGCCAAAGGCAGAAGAUGACACUAGUGAUGGAAGCCAAACUCCACUUGGGGAUUUACAGGAUCAGCUCAAGAUUCCCAAGAGGGUGGGCGAUUUCCUGAGAGGCCCAUUCAACUAUGGGCAGAUGGAAGAACCUGAGGUGCAAGCGCUCCAAAAACGAUUUGGAGGCUUCAUUGGUGUUCGGAAAUCAGCCCGGAAGUGGCACAACCAGAAAAGGUUCAGUGAAUUCCUGAAGCAGUAUCUGGGGAUGUCCCCACGUUCCGUUGAGUAUGAUGACUUGGCUGAUGACCUGAAGGAACCAAAUGAGAUUUAAACAAAUGGACUUUUCCUGGAUUGUUGUCGUUGUUGUCGUUGUCAUUUCCUUCUCACAUUAUAAACAUGUUGUGAAUUGAUUUCAGAGCUGCCAUGG